CCCGCCCCCCGCGCCCCGGCCUUAGCGGCGGCGGCGGCACCCGGCCCGCAGAGCGGCGGCGCGAUGGCGGCGGGCACGGGCUCCGAGCGGCUCCGCGAUGGCAGCUGCCACUUCCAGCGCUCCCGGCUCAUCUGGAUGAUCGCCAUCACCUUCGGCAUGAUCGUGCUCGGCUGGGUAACGCUUUGGCCUUCAACUAUACCUUAUAGUUAUUUGGGAAUAUUUGGUAGCUUCCUUAAUUAUUUAGUGGAAAACCACCACAAAUGGGUAUGCUAUGGGUUCUGGGUAUCCUGGUUGAUUCACAUAGUAGAAGCCUUCUACGGUGUUAAGUUAUGCCAAUCUAAAGGAAUCACUGACCCGGCAAUUCAGUUUCAAUGGUUCAUUCAGACACUUUUAUUUGGGUAUGCUUCCUUUGGUCUUCUGGUGUCUUACAAACCUUCAGCCAAGAAGCACUACUAGAAGGCAGUGAAAGAAGUUACUUCUCACAUUCUUCAUCCUCAUCUUCCCAAAAACAUCCUCACUUAGAUGUCUAGGUGCUGUAAUUAGCUAAAUUACAUUCCUGCUACCUGAUGCAGUGCCCUUCUGCCCAAAUAACUCUCUUCUUACUACUGAGACAAUUAUAAUUCACAGCACCCUGUGGAUAGUUCACUAGAAAUUCAGCCCUUCAGCCUUGGCACUGGUAAAAUUUAAUCCCAUUUAUUAUGCAAGAAGCCAAAAGUUGCUCCUCUACAGUUUUUGACAUAGAGUGUAUACUCUGUCACUGGAAUGUCCUUGACACCUGGUAGCAGUGGUUGAUAAAUUACCUUUUCAUGUGAAGGAUUUUUCUUCUGCAACAGGGAGAGUUAUUUACAGCCACAAGGCAACUUGCACCUGUUUCGUGAUGCGAUUUAAAUUUACCUGUAGUUUUUUUAUACAGGAUGUUUUACUGGCUGCUGCUUUGUUGUUAGAGCCUGGUCUUUGUACUCUGUUUUGUCACCUUAUUUUCUUUGACAAAGGACACACUACUGUAUUGCUGCAGGCACAUGAAAAAGACCAAGUUUCAGUUCAGGUUGAGGCGCAGUGAUGAGCUUGGAUACAUAAAGCACUUCGACUUGGUUUAAUACAUGUGCCUUAAGUUUUAUGCAGCACGACCUCAUCUUUUGAAUGAAGACUUCAGUUUUUGAGUUAGCAUAGCAUAAAGUAGUAAUCCCGUAGGUUUGAGGGCAGCAUUUCUAAGUAGUAAUUUAUUAUCCAAGAAAAAAAUCAAUUAGCAUUCCAAAAUCUAGCUGAAAAUUUUGUAUUUGUGAAUGAAAUUGGAUGUAGCAAGAAAACAUAGACCACUGUUUCCCAGAUGAUGUCCUGAAAUCUGUGGUUGAGAGACCAUCUUAAGCACCCCUCAGAGCACUUCUGUAUGUAUAGGGAGCCUUCUGUCAAACAGUCUUUUGCUUUUGAAUAUUUGAACAAGUUUAGCCUGUCUUGUUUUAGCACUUGAAAAAGUAAUAACUAUUUAAAAUACUAACUAUGGUGUGGGGAGGAGUUUUACCACACCACCUGUGAUGCUGCUGUUCUGGAAGAUAGGACGAGAAAAGGUGGUUCUUCCUCUCAUGAAGAGCUCCACAAGGCGGUAACAAACUUACGCCUUGUGCAGCACCUACAAACUGUAAUGCUUCUGAUGGAGAAGUCUUGCUCAAGCACAGGUACAUUAAGUUCUUGCUUUUUAGGAGGCACUAAAAGCAUGGAGAACUGAAGCGUUUGAAAUGGUGGUUUGGUUUGGGUUAUUUUUUUUUAAUUAUUGUUAAAUGGUGAACUGGUAACAUUAACAUUUUGUAGAGAAGUAGAAAUUCAUGUUUAGUGGCUAGAAAUCCAACAGGAAUGUCAAGAGCCCAAGCUAUGUGUUACUGUCUAACCUUGUAUCUUAGUCUGUGACCCUGGAAUAAAGAUUUUAAAAAAGUA